AUGCAUGCGCUGCACGGUGCUGCGCCUCUCCUCAGCCGCUUUGCGGCGAGCCCUCGCCGCAUGGCUCUCUGGCGCGGCUCGGCGGGAUGCGCUUCACGCGCAAGCGGAACCGCUGCAGAGACCUCGGGGAGCGAAUGUCGAAGGCGCCAGCCAGUGCGCGAAUCAGAGGACGGAUGUACCGCCGAUACAUCUGAUUCGCCAGGGCUGAGCACUACACCAGUGUCCCGGCACCUGGAUACCGCCGACGCGUCAUCGCGUCCGUCGCUUUCUUCUCACUUGCCCGCCCGCCUCCCAGACGGCUUUCCCGCCGGGCUCGCAUCCGGCGGCUCUGAUGUGACGUCUGUCUGUUGCCGCGACUCUCCUGUACGUUGCUUGACUUCAUCGUUCUCUUCAGGGGCGUCUUCCUUGGUUCUACCUUACCCCUCGUGGAUCUCUCCUCCUCACGUCUCUCUGUCAUUCCCUCCGCGUCUACCGAAGCACCGCGUCUGGCCUACGGCCGCGCUCGCUUCAGCGGGCACGAUUUCGCCAUGCUCCUUUCGCCGGGUCGUGCAGCAGCGCCGCUCUCGCUUUCCGCCGUCUUCUUCCUUUUCCUACCCUCGUCUACACUCUCCGCAGACUCCCUUCAGGUCACCCACGUGGCCUCUUGCGAUCUCGCCGCGCCUUGCGUCCUCGUCAGCCUUCUCUACGCUGACCGGCGCGCCCUCGUCGCCUGUCGCGGAGGGCCGUUUGACUGCGCUUGCGUCGAACCCGGCUCUGCCGUUGCUGCUGUCUUCUCGCUCUGGCUCGUCGUCGUCGUGCUCUUCUGCGACGCUGCCAGUAGUUGCUACCCCGUCUCCUCGCUUGGUGGAGUCCAACUCUUCCGCAUCGACCGGCGGCCUGGCUGGGCCCUUCUGUCCCGUCCGAGUUUCCGAGGCGCGCCUCCGCCUGCUUCAGCUUGCCAGCGAGGCGACGUCGCUUCAUCUCUCCUGCGCAGAUUCCAUAGCGGAUCUGACCGCUUCAGGGCGGGCUGCCAAGCGAGCGUCUUCAGGCUCGCACGCCAGCCUGCCUCCGCCGGACAGGCCUGCGCUGCCCACGCGAAUUGAGGACCUAUCAAAGCAAGCAUUAUCACUCGUCGACGCCGUCGCGGAUUCUUCAAGAUUCGGCGGUGCGAGUGCCUCAGCCGCCGUGGACACAGCAGCGCACCAACCAGACAACACCACGUCACCCGAUGCUCAAGAAUCCGAUGUCUGUUCGCUGCGUGACGAUGUCCUCGACAAACUCAGGGAUGCGGCAGCCUCUGUCCUCCUCCCCGGCCUUGUGGCGCUGCUUCCGCCGUUUGCCUCAAGCAUUUCGGAGUUCGCUACGGCGGACGAGAGUGCGCGGCUUCGUCUCGAGCUCCUCCCUGAAUCGUUGAGUUCGCUGUUGAAGCUCAUGAUUCGGGUGCUGCAGAGUCCGCAGAGAUGGGCAUCUUUGACUGACGACGAGUUUGCAGCAACGGCGCACGCCUUGCGGGUUUUUGGAUGCGUCGACACCUUGACAGCCGCUGCGGCAGCAGACGCGCUUCUCCACGAGAAUCGCCUGCGGCAGGUUAGCCUCCGCCGCCUGGCGGAAAUUGCUUCCUCGCUACUCGAUCAUCACGUUGCUCGUCGCAUUGAGGACACCAGACUCUGCAAAAAUCCUCCAACCGUCCUCCUGAGCAGUCCGUCUCCAGAUGCGUUAAUCCGGCGAGCAGCAAAGGCUGCACAGGCGCGGCUGCUGAGUGAGCGCGACGCGCUGUUGGAUGCUGGGAUCCUCGUGCGCGCCUGGCAGACGGCGGCAUCGCUGUCGGUCCUCUCGCACGCAUCGCACAUCCGCGCAGAAAAGGGGUUCCUUCUCCUUCUUGAGCGCAUGAAGGAGCAGCAGAAAGAGGGAGAAGGCGCUGCUGCCUCUGCCGCUGCGUCUGUGCUGCCAGAGGACGAGCUUGCCGCGCUUCCUCUUGCCCUCGCUGCCGUCGAGACCCCUGAGGAGAGGCUGUUUCUCUGGGCCGCAGAACAGAUGCUUGUGCGUCUGGGGGGACCGAGCUUGCGGCAAAUCCAUCUGGCGCUCGAGGAGUCGCAUGCAGGGGCAAGUGGCAGGGCGGCCGGUUCCACUGAAGACAGGGAAACGCGCCGCCCUGACGGCUGGCACGGGAAGUCUCGGGUGUCGCGGGACGUGCGGACGAGACCGGCGGACGGCCGACGCCCCAGCGGAGCUCUCGGCAGCGGCAGCGGACGCGGCCCUGGAGGGAGCCGCAGCGAGCAAGUGAAGGAGCGCGCGCUGGUGCACAGACUGCUCCACGGGAUGGCACUCUGGGAGCGCAUCGGCCCGCCAGGAAUGCAGCAGCAGGCGCUGCCCGUCUUCUGCCAGGCGAUCCUCUUGCCCUGCCUCCCUCUUCUUCCGUCUACUGUACUUCUCCACCUGCUCGAGGCAGCCACCUCCACGACGCUUGCGACAAGUGUGUCCCGCCGGCCUGCGUUCUACUUCUCUUCUUUCCUGCCGUCCGCGGAAGGUCUCCUCGCCCGGCGCGCCGCGGGCGCGAACCGCCGCGAAGCGAAGCAACGCCUGCGGCAGGUCCUGCAGGAGCGAGAAGACACGCUGAGGCGCCUCGCGGCUGGCGCGCUGGGCCUGCUGCUGCUGGAGUCGAGCAGGCGCGCCCGGUUCGAGAAGGGACAGCUCUUCCGGCUCCUCCGGGCGACGAGACGCUUUGCCGAGGCCCAGAUGCUGCCCAAGCACCAGCGACUUGCACAGCUUCUCAGCGACAAGAGCGACGGUCUCCUAGAGGUUGAGGCAGCGCUCGCUGGAGGCCUUCCGUUACUCUACCGCGAUAUUGCUCUCCAGCUCCGCCUCGUCUCGCGAAGUGCGAUUUUCUUCCCCAGUCGCAGCGGUUCUCUUGUCAACAUGGCUCUGCUGUCGACCCUCCCCGCCUCAAAUGAAAGGCAGAUGCCCGUGUGUGGAGUCGAGCUGGCUAGCGCCGAGCGCGACGGUUGGGUGCCUGUCGCUGCGGGGCGAUCCUCGCUACGCAGUUCCUCGCGGCGGGAGUUGAGCUCGGAGGACCUGUCCGGGGAGAACUCCGUUGAGCGUGCAGCUCGGGCUAUGAUUCAUGCUGCGACAUCCGGUGGAGCGGACGAUAGAGAGAGAGGCAGGCCGUGCCCGAUUGCCACCUCCGAGCUCGUGGACAGUCUUCGAGAUGUCACAGUCCUGACAGGGCUGCUUCCACUGCGGCGUGCGCGUCAGCCGCAUCGUUCAGCGCCGGCUCUAUCGCCUGCGGCCGAGGGCGCAGAAUGGAUAGAUGUGUUGCCUGAAGGGCACUACCUCCUAGAUGUGCUUCAGGAGCUUCUGCCUCUGCUGUCCCUCGCCGUUGCGCCCAUGAAAGCGGCCACGGUAUCUCACUCACCGCAGACCUCGUCGGAAAUCUCCGAGGUGGUCACAAGUUGCUCGGCGUUGUUGCUGCGGCUGGUGGCUUUUUGGAACCUCAAGACGGAACUGGAGCGGUGCUUCGCGUCUCUCGGAUUCGCGGGCGGUCUGCCCAGUGUAGAUCGAGGAAAGCUCGCCUGCUGCCGCCUUCUCGUUCUCCAGCUCGCGUUGCUUUCUUACGACUCACGCGUCGAUCCCCGAGCUGCUGCCUUGGCGCUCCGAGCCCUGCUGGCGUGCCUCCACAGAGUACCGGAUCCGGCGCUAUCGGACCACAUCCUUGUUCACUUGCUGCCCAUCCUUCCUCGUUGUUUCUCCGAAACUGCAAGCGCAAACGGGGACUCGGUUUGCCCUGCGGCGAACGGUGACGCCCGACGCGUAUCCGCUUCCCUGUACCUCGUCCCCGUGGUCUCCGGGUUUCUUCGCCGCGUGAUGGAAGCAACGGCGACAAGCACCGGCGGUGCACAGGCAAGCGGCGGAGACGUUGGCAGCUGCUUACGUGCGUGCAGAAGUGUCAAUUCUGAAGCCGCUGUCGAGGCAGGCGAGCUGCACCCCGACUCAGAUUCAUCUGAUAGCGGCCGCGAGCCACCAGUCAACAGCGCGACCGACGCGCAGUGCUGGCUGAGUACAGAAAAGGGGCUGACGGCCGUCGUGCCCUCCCUUGCUGCCGCUGCGUGGCUCAAUCACCAGUGCGAGCUUCUGUGCGGCGCCAAUGGCUGUGCUCACGAGCCAAACACCGGAGCCGCUGGGGACAGCGCGCGACUAGAUGUAGGUGCUGGGAGCGAAACCCGGUUGCAUGGCUGCCCUGCGGACGCGGCGUUCGUUGCGGAGAUGCACCAAUGCACCUCGAGAGCCUUGCGUGCAGCGAAGCGCCAAUUUCGGCGUCUCCCCUCUCGAGACGUCCGCCUUCUGGAGAUGCAUCUGCGAGAACUUGAGCGAGAGCGCGGCCGCGGGCUACAAAGAGCGGCGAGCGCCUCAUCCCCUUUCAUACAACAGUUGCAAGGCCUCUUGGCGGAUCGAUGGGGCAUCUACUAG